AUGUUACCGGCUUUUGGACGAGAAGUACCCCUCCCUCAACACCUCCCCGGGAACCGGGCAAGACGGGCAAAAUUUCGAACCUACGCGACGCAGCCCCGAGGGGCCUCGUUCCAUCAAAUUCUUUCCCUACAGAGUCCGGCGACCGUCCAGAGCGGUUCGCUCUGGCGGAACCCAUGCAUCGGAGACACGCUGGCGGGCAACUACCGAGUAGGACCGGACUACAAUGUCGGUUACUCUCCCCAAGAUUCGCAUCCGGGCGAGCAGAGCCAGUCUCAGCACGGAUACGAUUCUCACCAUCACCAUCGAGGGAACCCCCUCCAGCAUGCGGGGUCGGGCAGCUUACAUGAGCAGACGCCGCCACAGUCGCAUCACUCCAUGUCGCAACAUCACCAUCCCUCCCACCACCACCAGAUAUUGAUGGAUCCAUCGCAGCACAUGGGCGGUCUUCCGGCGGCGAGGCAUCUGGGACACCCGGGUCCCUCGCAUUAUGGCGCUCCAGGGCCAUCACACGGGCUACCGCUCUAUCCGUCGAUGACGCCUCCGCAACCACACGGUGGUGGCGCGAAGCGUAGUCGACCCGAUGAUCUCGAUCUCUCAGUUUCAGGCAUGCCUGAGCUGGAUCAAAAUCUGGAGUCGAUGCAACAGACACCCAUGGGAGCCGCUUAUGCGCAAGCGGCGGGUGCUGCACCCACGCAUCACCACCACCGUCUUCCGGACCAAGGACCGCCUUCCAAGAUGAUGCGACGGGAGGGCGACGGGAGUCUCCCGGGAAGCGGAGGAGGGGCGCCUAGUGUGGUCGGACAAGUCGGGAUGCCAUCGCCAGCACCGCGACCGCGAGGGCCCAAGUUGAAGUUCACACCCGAAGACGACCAGCUUUUGAUCGACCUGAAGGAGAAUAAAAGCCUGACUUGGAAACAAAUCGCCGAUUUCUUUCCUGGUCGAUCGUCAGGCACACUGCAGGUCCGCUACUGUACCAAGCUGAAGGCCAAAACAACACAGUGGACAGAUGAAACGGACCAAAAAUUGCGAACAGCUCUAAACGACUACGAAAACGAGAAGUGGCGCAUCGUGGCUAACAAAGUGGGGACCGGCUUCACCCCCAUUGCGUGUCGAGAACGCGCCCAACAGCUAAUGGGAGCGUCCCCCCCGGGAAUUUCGGCUCCCGGAUCAGGGGACACCAUCUUCCCACGACACUUCUAG